UAAGGGGGGACCCAGCUUCUGGGACCGAAAAUCGGCCCAAAAAUCGAAUUUUUAAUCUUUUAAUUUUUGCGUUCCUGACGCGUUUCCGCAACUUUCUCCAAAAUUUGGUUCCAAAAUUCCGCGUAUUUCUCCCGUUAUCGUAAUUUAAAGAUGCGAGUUCGCAAGCGUUUCCCUUUAAAUUGCGUGUAAAUUCGUCUAGUUUCGAUCGCGCGUCACUCGGCAACGGCGGGCUCCCUCGGCGCCAUUUUGGUCUUGUUCGAUAGCUCGUGUUUCAGACAUUAUUUUUCGUUCGUUUAGCCACCCUGUGCAUUCUUGAAAGGCGAAAAAAAAGCACCCGAAAAAAAAAACUUUCGCGCGUUGCCAUUGGUCGCUCGGAACACGUGAUCAAGAUGCCGCACUCUCAUUGGCCUAAGUGCCGCUAGCCCAACUGCCGGUUUUGCCCGCCACCAUUUUGUGUAAGACUGUGAGUUCCUACCGCCAUUUUGCGCGAGUUGCUGCUCUGUGGAUCCGACGCUCGAUUAGCUCGCGAAGAUCAUGCCUGGCGGGGCGAAAAAGUUUCACACGCGCAAUCAGUUCGGGCGUAAGCGAAGGAGGACAAAGGUGCGUGUAGAUAACGCGGCAUCGUCGCAAAACGUGAUAGACGCGGGGCAAAGUGCCGUUCACGGAGCACCGCCUGACUACGCCAUGGACGCUGGCGGUUCACCGGCUCCGCUCGAGUGCGAUAACGUUUGCACUGCCGACGCUGGUUGCGUGAGAAUGGACUUUGCGCCCGUGACCGUUGAGAGAGUGCAGGAAGUGCGUGCACAGGAGCAAGUAACGCUUCAACGGCUUGGAUCAACACCGGCGACUGCGCGGAAGAUUGAUAACUUCAGCCGACAAAGCGACGCGGAGAUAGCAGCGACGGAACCUGCAGCCCCGUACACUAUCGUCAAUCUCGACGUUGUUAAUGACCUUUUUCGAGUUCUGCGUUGCCUCUUGUGCCGAGGAAAAGCGAAGCUAUCCCCCGGCGAACGUGAAUACGGUCUGGCAGUGAAACUGUACGUGACGUGUGACAACUGCGGCGAGAUCGCGGAUGCGCGGAGCUCGCGUCGAGUGGAGCAAACAAAAAAGUCAAAACCCUUUGAAGUAAAUAUGCUCGCGGGACGUGCGAUGCUUUCCACUGGCAACGGCCAAACUGCCAUAAACGACAUAUUUUCUGCAAUGGGGCUGUGCGGUCGAGCAAUGCAUAAGAAGACGUUUCAGCGGCAUCUGAAGAAUAAGCUGGAGCCCGCUGCUACGCGAGCGGCUGAAGAUGUUAUGCAACAGUGCGCGCGAGAAGUCUCGUCAAUCUACGAGGACUUGUGCUUCGGACACAGGACUAACAUAGCAGUGUGUUUUGAUGGUAGCUGGAUGACACGGGGUCAUUCUUCGCACAUCGGCGUCGGAGCUGUUGUUGAACUAUUUACCGGCUAUAUUCUAGAUUACGUAGUGCUUUCAAAUUUUUGCUUGGGUUGCGAGGUCGUCCCAAAGCCUGGUACUGAGUUUUAUGAGCAAUGGAGAGAAGCUCAUCGGUGCCAGAAGAACACCAGCAGUAAAUCUGGGCAAAUGGAGGCGGAAGCCGGUCUCAUUCUUUUUGAAAGGUCCCUUGAGCGGCGCAAUCUCCGCUACACAACUGUCUUGUGUGACGGUGAUAGCAGAACAUACAAUGCUAUAAAGGACGCUAAAGUUUAUGGCUUUAUUGAUGUACAAAAAGAAGAUUGCACCAACCACGUUCAAAAGCGAAUGGGGACGGCUCUAAGAAACUUGGUGCAAAAGAAGAAAACAGAAGGACGCAGUCUUGGAGGGAAGGGGCGACUCACUGCUGACCUCAUCACCAGGUUGAGCACAUACUAUGGUCGUGCACUAAAGUCGCAUGAAGGGGAUGUGGAUGCAAUGCAACGCGCAGUGAUCGCCACGUUCCAUCACAUUACAUCCACUGACCAGUGCUCAAACCACAGCUUGUGCCCAACUGGCGAGCAGUCGUGGUGCCGGCACAAUACCGCAAAAGCUAAAGGUGUGGCUGACCCAAAGCAUAAGUACAGCUUGCCCAGUGAUGUUAGAGGCAUUAUUGCCUGUUUACCAGCGCCUGUCUGACCGGAGUCUACUGCAAAGAUGCCAAAGGGGGAAAACCCAAAACUCGAAUGAAAGUUUGCAUUCUGUUAUCUGGAGUUUAGUCUCCAAACAGCAGCACUCUUCCCUUUUUGCGGUUCAAGCUGCCGUUGCAGAAGCUGUGUUGCCUUUCAACACGGGAAGCCAGCAUGCUGCAGCAUCAAUUCUACGAGAACUAAGGAUGAAUAGAAGGACAUACGUCGUAGUACCAUCUCUAGCAAGAGGCACGCAGCUUCAGAAGGACUCAGCAAAAGAGUGUCAAAGAGGCACAAGGACUCAAUGCAUCCUGAUUAUACACCUGGGGCAUUUUGAAUGACUCCGGUGAGGUUUGCACCACGUUUAUGCCAAUAAACAACUCGUAAAACGUUUUUCCCCGU